CGCGGCUCCCUGGGAGGAGGAGGUGCCACAACCGGCUUGCACUAAUUCAGGGUAUUGCAACCCUGGAGACACCGAGCAUGGCCACCUGCCCCCCUCAACCGCGUUGCGUCACCCACCUCAUCUUCGACCUGGACGGACUCCUCCUGGACACCGAGCGACUGUACUCCGAGGCCUUCCAGGCCGUGUGUUCACGUCAUGGGAAGAGCUAUGACUGGGGCGUGAAGUCUGCGGUAAUGGGGAGGACAGCUCCGGAGGCCGCACGGGUCAUCAUAGAUGUCCUGGGACUUCCGAUGUCAGUGGAGGAGCUACGGCAGGAGACUGAUGUUGAGCUCGCCCGCCUGCUGCCUACGGCCGCACUCAUGCCUGGGGCAGAGAGGCUCAUCCGGCACCUGCACUCGCACAGCAUCCCCUUUGCCUUGGCCACCAGCUCAAACUCUGCCUCCUUUGCCAUGAAGAUUACCCGGCAUGGAGACUUUUUCCGCCUGUUCCAUCAUGUGGUGCUGGGCGACGACCCGGAGGUGCAUGCUGGGAAGCCGGCCCCAGACAUAUUCCUCACCUGUGCACGGAGGUUUGCUCCUGCGGCCACUCCAGACAUGUGCCUUGUCUUGGAGGAUGCUCCGCACGGUGUGGAUGCAGCACUGGCUGCUGGGAUGCAGGUUGUCAUGGUUCCUGAUGAGAACCUUAGUCGGGACCUAACGUCGAAGGCCACAGUGGUGCUGCGCUCCCUGGAGGACUUCCUGCCCCAGGCGUUUGGUCUGCCAGCCUAUAAGUGACACCAGGGAUCAAGUGACAUCCUGUGGGGGAGGGAGAUGGCAUCCUACGGGUGCAUACAUAUACAUACAUAGCUAUACAUAUACAUAUAUGUACACAGACAUGCCUCUAUCUCCUGAGUGCUGAAAAAUAAAGGUUCACCAACA